UGAUAACGUAAAAUUAUUAAUUAAUCAUUAAUAAAGUGAUAGAAAGUGAAUUAUGUGAUUAAUCAUGUAAAUUAAAUGGCCAUCAUUAUAUCAUUCCGGUAUAGUGGAGUCACUUAAUAUGGGUAUUUGUCUUGAUACUGAUCAACAAAACAGAUCACAAGUUUUCGAAGACGGUGAUGUUCAUGGUGGAAAAUGGCGUGGUGAAGCCGGUCUAUUAUCUACACCACCAGAUGGGCAUUUUCCUAUGCAAAAUGUCAGUCCGGUUAAAUUUGAACCACCAACGGUUCCAGUUAUAUUUGUACUUGGUGGUCCAGGGAGCGGUAAGGUGACACAUUGUGAUAAUUUGAUGCAAGAGAAAAAAGGAAUUACCCACAUCAACAUGACAGAUCUUCUGCAGCAAUAUGCGUUGGGAAAUGAUAUGCAAGACUUUAGCUUACUGAGUAGCAAAACUGUUGCGGAAGUGCUUAUGCUCGAAAUGAAAAUGUCUCCAAAUGCAAAGACUUUCCUCGUGAGUGGAUAUCCCAGAAAUAUGCGAGACGUUGUUGAAUAUUCUGAGAAGAUUCAAAUAGUCAAUGGAGUGAUUCUCGUUUCAUGGAAACAAGAAGUACUCGAGAGACAAAUUGAUUAUGGUGCUCAGCUGGGUCAUGUAAUCUUAAGUUUAGCGCGAAUGGAACUUAGAAAUUUUUAUAGGAAUGUUAUGCCUGUAGCUGAAUAUUUUGAUCGCAGUGGUGUUUUAGUUGAGGUCAAUGGAGAACGGAACCCAAGUGAUGUUUACAUUGACUUUCGUGAAGCUGUAAUGGAAAUUCUUGGAUUUUCUAAAUCUGGCUCAAGAGAACCAGCAUCACAGUCCUUAGAAGCAGAAGUGAAAGUAGAACGCGCUGAACCAAUUUCUGCUAGUCCGAAGACAGCUUACAUAGCUCCGUUAUCAUCUGAGCCAAAGACUAUUCUUUCUAAAACAGCGAUUAAACCCAGAAAAGGAUUACCUACAUUUAUUUGGGUAAUUGGUGGACCAGGAAGCAAUAAAUCAAGUUUGUGCAUUCAAGCUGUUAGAAACAUGCCAAAUUGGGCACACAUUAGUAUAGGAAGUUUACUAAGAACCAUGUCUACUUCGAAUAUGCUCGUAAAAGAAGCUAUUGUAACGGGUGAAAUGGUCUCACAAGAUGUAGUAAUGCAGCUCAUUGAACAACAAGUCUUGUUAAACCGUGACAGUGAUGGUAUCAUUAUUGAUGGUUUUCCAAGAGAUCUUAAUCAAGUUCAGGAAUUUGAGACCAAAUUCGGACAGGAACCACCAUUAAUUUUGUUAGACUGCUCUAAACUUCAGUUGGGCCGAGGAAAACUUGAUGAUACUGUUCCAGCAUUUAGGAGACGACUAGAACUCUUCAGAGAAGUAACAUUACCAGUAUUGAAAAUUAUUGAUAAUGAUAGUCGUCUAAUAACUAUAAAUGGUGAUACUGAUGUUCCUUCAGUGCAACAAGAAUUUUCAGCAGCAAUUUAUCAAUUAAUGCGUCAGUCACAUCAUAAAGAUGAAGAAAGUUUGAAAGAGCAUCAAAAUUCAUCGUCAAAUAAUUGGAAUUAUAUUAAUUCUAAUCAUAAUGAGCAUCAAACGAAAUCGCAUGUGCCUAAUAACUUAUCUAAAACUCCCAUAGAAAAUGGAGUUAGUACAAUCAGCAAUCAUGUAAAAAAACAGAAAGACAAAUUUGUUACUCAAAAAAAUAAAAUGGUCAAUGGAGUUCGACAUCAUAGUAAUAAAAAAGAUGUCGAUACGAAAGUACACCAAGUUUUAAAAGAAGGCAAUCGAAUCACUAAUGGGGUAAUAAGUUCUACUCGACAAAAUGGUCAUAUUGCACAUGCUGGUGACAUUAAUACAACUCAACGACUUUUUCAAAAUGGAGUAGUCCAUGUAACUAAUGGUAUUCCACCUGUGUUGAAUCGAGUAGCACCAGCUCCAUUAAAUCCUGAUAAUUCUGACAAAGUGACUAGAACAAACAAUAAAAUCAAUAAUUUUCAUGAAGAUUUAUACAUGUAAUUAUACAUAUUUCUAGUUUUUAGUGCGCUCAGUAUUAAUUUCAAAAAUGAAAAAUUUUAAUCAUGAUUCAUCACUUUUACGGCAUUAUACCUGCUAAAUAAACUGAAAAUUCUAAAAUUAUCGAUAAUACAUACAUGAAUUUGUUUACAUAAUUAAAUAAUGAUUAAAUAAAUGUCAGGUUAAUUAUCAUUCCAUAAAAGUGUUAAUGUCUCUGAUUCUUUAUCAAAUUUGUGUCAACUGUGAAGUCACAUAUUCGUUAAAUAUCAAAAUUUCAGUUUUGUAAUUUACGGUGUCACUAUCAAUUUGUAUGUAAUGAGUAUCAUCUAUAACAUUUUAUACACAAUUUUAUUAAUAACAAAAGUGGUACAUACAAUGGAUACUUUAAAUGUAUAUUUAGCAUUCAAAAAGUUACUUUCCAUCGAAAUAA